GGGUGCAGGAGUUGCUGUCAAUGUGUCUUUCACUAUCAUAAACUUUUUGUAUGUGGGCAUUUCACGGUGUAUUCAGAUCACACCUCUACCCUGUUCUGGGUAAGACUCCACAGCUGUCCAGCUAGGAAACCCCAGGCCUCAUCAUGGAAGGGAGUAGGGGGCCAGCCUCUCCCGGGGUGCUCUCCUUCUCACAUAGGGCCUGGGCCUUGUGGGUAGCAAGAAUCCAAGCCUUUCCCUGUCCGUUUUGGAGCUCUGUGGUGGGCAGGGCUCCCUUCCAGGCCCACUUGGACUGACUGGUCCUCAUGGUUCCACCUGUGAGACAUCACAGGGUUAACACUUGGCCUGGUCCCUUCACAAUGGUUGCCAGGGAGCAGGACUCCUCUCAGGCAGAAGGGGCCCAGCCAGCGAGGGCACAGCUAAGGCACCAUGACAGCUACUCCAAAACACACCCUCUUCACACCAGAACCUCACUAUGUCCCUGGCUAAGACUAUGCUGGCUUUUACCCGCAGCUGCGCUACCAGGUGGGGAACACCUAUGGGCGCACCACAGCACAGCUGCUCACAGACCCCAGCGUGCGGAAAAGCCCCUGCUCCGUGCUGUCUCCCACAUGCAAGCCCAAGUUCACCGAGGAUUUCAGCAAGUCCAAGCCGCCCUGGGUUUCCUGCCGGGACCUGGCUGAGCCCCACACCCCCCACUACACGGGUCUGAAGCCCUACAGGAACUUCGAGAUCCUGGGCAAGCUGCCACCGCAGGAGGUAGACGCCCAGGGCCCAGAGGGAGCAGAGAACACAUCCAGACAGGUUGCGCUGGCCGCUGGCUUUAUGCCCUAUCCCCCCUACCCUCCGUGCCCACCAGUCAGAAAGGGGGUCUCUAGUGACACGGGACACCCGGGCCUGAGACUGGCAUAUGGCAAAGAGGCCUGGAAUAGUGCCAACCCUGUCAAUGGGACCUCCAGGCAGCACCAGCUGUACCACUGCAGGAGGGAUGAGCAUCCUCCCCCAGCCCACCAGCUGGAGACACUGGAUGUGGAUAGGUUCCAGGGGCUGCCCCAGCUGGACCACCCCAACCUGAUCCAAAGAAAAGCAAUCUCAGGCUAUGCUGGCUUCAUCCCCCAGUUCACCUGGGUGAUGGGGAUGAAUUACCGUGAUGAAGUCACACAAGCUAUGGACGAGUUCGACAAGAACCAGUUCCUGUCCAGAAACCCUGUCUGUCCACUGGGGAAGAGGCUGCCCAGGACACACUGGCCCCACACCACCAUCUACAGCGGCCAGGGCUUGCUCCCCUUCUACAUGGGCUUCGUCCCCUCAGCUGAAGCCUUGCUGCUUUGCAGCCAUGCAAUGACAUUCGGCAACAGCACUCGCAAGGCCUAUCAGAAGGGACUCGAGAGGCGAAACCACACACUAUGAAAAUGCUUUAAUGGUGGUGUCUGUACAGCAUGUGAUGUCAAGACAAGGACAGCAGUGCACACAGUGAGACAGGGCUAUCAGAGCAGACUGUGGGCGAAUAAA